AUUAUGGUGGUAAUAAUCAAUAUGGUGGCGGUAGCUACGGUGGUAGUUUUAGUGGCUCAUUCUCACAAAGUAGCAGUAGCAGCAGUAGUAGUAGUAGUAGCAGUAGUAGUAGCAGCAGUAGUUCAAGCUUCACAAACAAUUAUAACAAUUGGCUAAUGGGUCAACAAGGUCUAUACGUACCUGGAACUGGACCAAAUGUUGGAGGAAAUUUAUUGACAGGGCCCAAUGCUGGUGCUUACCCCGGCAGUGGUCCAUAUUACGGACAAGGUCAACCCGGAUCAUAUGGACCACAACAGGGGUCAACCGGGCAAGGCGCAUUCCAACCUGGAUAUCCGAACGCAGGGGGUUUGGCUUGUAAUCCGCAAGGGACAUAUGGACAAGGCCAACCAGGUUCAACGUCUGGUGUAUCAGCAGGGUAUACGCAGGGUUCAAAUUUACAAGGUACGAGCCAGCCAGGCCAAGUAAGUUCAUCUGGUCAAAGCUUGCAGCAAACUGGAGGAUCUAGUGCCGGGGGUUCAUCCAGUUCAUUGCAAGGUACAUACGUGCAAGGUCAAACAGGAUCAGCAAGCGGUGCUUCAUCAGGCUCAACUCAGGGAUCCACUUCACAAGGUCAGACGGGCUCUUUUACUGGUGGCUCAUCUGGCCCAUUACAAGAUCCGAUUAGCCAAAAUAUUCAACAGGUAGGACCUUCUACUACCGGAGGCUCAAGUACAUAUGGACAAGGUCAAACAGGUUCAUUAAGUGGAUCUGGUACAACACAAGGAUCAACGGGACCAAUCAGCUCCACAACUGGGGAACAGAAAGGUUCACUGACUGCUGGUACUACGCAUGGGACAACUGGGCACAGCACACAGCAGUCAGGCUCCUCUACAGGAGGAUCAACAAUUCAAUCUUCAUAUGGACAAAGUGGCACAAGCAAUACGCAAGAAUCCUUUGGACAGAGUCAAACAGGAUCAAUUUCAGGAUCUAGUGGAACACAAGGAUCAAGUGGAUACGGCACAGGACAGGCAAGCUCUCCUACUGGUGGACAAUCACAGAAUCUGAAAGAUUCUACUACUGGAUCUCCAACUACAGGAGCUCAAUCUAGUUCUUCACAAGGACCAAGUGGGCAGAGUACACAGCAGCAGGGUUCAUCUACAGUUGGAGGGUCAUCUACACAAGGUUCCUAUGGACAGGGGCAAACUGGUUCUACUUCUGGGGUGACGUCUGGAUCUACACAAGGAUCUGGUGGUUAUGGCUCGUCUCAAACUACUUCAACUUCGGGAGGCUCCACGCAAGGUUCAUUCGGUCAAAGUGGUACGCAAGGUUCAAAUACACAUGGUUUAAGUCAAACAAGUACUUCCACAGGAGGACAAGGACAAGUUCAGAAAGAUCUAACGAUUGGAUCUUCAACUACGGGAAUACAAUCUGGUUCUAUUCAAGGAUCAACUGGACAAGGGACACAGCAGUCCGGCUCGUCUACAGUUGGAGGGUCAUCAACACAAGGCUCCUAUGGACAGGGUCAAACUGGUUCUACUUCAGGAGUUGCGUCUGGAUCUACGCAAGGCUCAAGCGGUUAUGACUCUACUCAAACUACUUCAACAGCUGGGGGUUCCUCGCAAGGUUCCUCCUUCGGCCAAAGUGGUGCAGGUUCAACGUUGGACUCAACUGCACAUGAUUUAAGUCAAACUACUUCUACACAAGAAUCGACUGGACAGAUCACACAACAGUCCGGCUCGUCUGCAAUUGGAGGAUCAUCAUCACAAGGUUCAUAUACACAAGGUCAAACUGGUUCUACUUCAGGAGUUACGUCUGGAUCAACGCAUGGUUCAAGUGGACAAAGUUCAAGUCAGACAACAUCAACUUCUGGAGGUUCUACACAAGGGUCCUAUGGACAAAGUGGUUCACUUGAUCUGACAGGUUCUAAUCUGGUUGCAGGAGAUUUGCACAGUGGUCAUUCUCAAUCUGGAUCAACUGGUAGCUAUGGUAGUAAUACUGUCCUUGGAGGGUCUGGACCAACUGGUACUGUGAUACCGGGUGUAAACACUGUUACGAAAGACCAAAUCAAGGGAACAUCUGGCACCAACACGGGUGCAUCUACAGGUUCACUUUAUCACGGCCAGUCAUCUUCAAACCAACAGUCUCAAUCAACGGAAUCGCUGCAUUCUACAGCAAGUGGAAACCAAACGACCAGCGAUUAUCAGGGCGGAUAUGGUGGUUCACAUCAUUGUACCGAUCAUGGAUGUAAAGGUCAUACGGAGAAGCAUAGUGCAAGUGGUCACAAGGGCGGUCAUGGCGGUGGAUAUGGGGGUGGGCAUGGAAGCGGUCAUGGUGGUGGAUAUGGAAGUGGAAAAGACAAAGGAUAUGGUGGUGGAUACGGUAGCUCACAUCAAAUUGGUCAUGUCACGGUUUCACCUAUCCUGCCACCAACUGAAAAUGUAGGCUGUGGUUUCCGCAAUAAAGAUGGCGUUGGUUUCCGUAUCACGGGUAACUCGGACGGAGAAGCGGAAUAUGGUGAAUUCCCUUGGAUGGUGGCGAUUUUGAGAGAAGAAAAGGCGCUGGAACAGGUCAUCAAUGUGUACCAGUGUGGCGGAUCAUUGAUUCACCCGCAAGUGGUUCUAACGGCUGCCCAUUGCAUUCAAAACAAGAAACCCAAUGAAAUUAAAGUUCGUCUUGGUGAAUGGGACACACAAACGACGAAUGAGAUUCAUGAUCAUCAGGAUCGUAAUGUUGUUGACAUCGUUUUCCACGAGAAUUUCUAUAAGGGAGGCCUGUUCAAUGACGUGGGCUUGCUUUUCCUCGACAAACCAGCUGAGAUUAUUGAGACAAUUAACACUAUUUGCCUGCCACCACAGGAUUACAAUUUCGAUCUUAGCCGGUGCUUUGCUUCUGGCUGGGGAAAGGAUGUCUUCGGAAAGGAAGGAAAAUACCAAGUGAUUUUGAAGAAAAUUGAACUCCCCGUAAUGCCACACAACGAUUGCCAGAAAGCGCUGCGCACAACUCGAUUGGGAACCAGAUUCAUUCUCAACAAGAGCUUUAUUUGUGCCGGAGGAGAGCCUGGUAAAGAUACGUGCAAAGGCGAUGGUGGGUCGCCGUUAGUUUGUCCGAUUCCUGGAUCACCCGAUCGGUACUAUCAGGCAGGAAUCGUCGCAUGGGGCAUUGGAUGCGGUGAAAAGGGAAUUCCUGGUGUCUAUGCCAAUGUUGCCGGUUUCAGAAAGUGGAUUGAUGACCACCUUACUCAGCGUAGCAUUCCACAUAAUACGUAUAUUCCCGCGUGAGACUGACGAAAAGCCAUAGACAUACAAUUUGAUUCUGUUCACCUUA